AGUCUCUCGUCCCAAUGCCAGCAGACCCUCGCCUCCGUCGUCACCUCCUCCGAGGCAAAGUGCCUUGACGCGCAGGCCCUCAUCGGGCUCGUCGUCGCCGGCACCAACUCGUCUGUCGUCGGCCCGCUCAACAACUGGCUCACCGGCAUGUGCGCCGCCCCCGCGUGCACGAACGCGACCCUCGCCUCCGUCGUCGGCAACGUUACCGCCGGCUGCGCCAGCGACCUGGCCGCGUACGGCAUCGCGAGCGGCGAUGCGAGCGAGCUCACGUCCAUCGUGCAGACCGCGUACCCAACCGCGCGCAAGGCCGCGUGCCUUUCCGACACGGCGAACAACCACACGCUCUGCGUCACCGAGACGCUCACGAACGCGCAGGCGAUCACGGGCACGCUCACGCUCUCCAAGCUCGCGUCGCUCGUCUCGCAGGUCGCGGCCGGCGGGAGCGCGCCGGCGCUGCCGAGCAACGUCACCUGCACGAGCUGCACGCAGGCCAUGUACGACACCGUCGACGCGGCGUUCCCGGGCGCGCUCACGGGCGGCGCGAACAACACCGUCGCGGCGCAGUGCGGCAGCAACUUCACAAGCGCUGCGAUGCCGUCGUCCAUCACGCAGACGGCGAACAACGCCGUCGAGAGCACCGCCGCUGCUGGUGCCGCCGCGCUCGGUGUCUCGGUGCACCCGGCGCUCUCGGUUGCGUUCCCGGCGCUGCUCCUCGUCUCGUCUGCUUUCGUCGUGUUCGCAUGA